CCAUGGGCCAUGACGCACGCCCACACGUAAAAGAGUAAGCACUCCGGUCCUGUUUCCCAAGUUACAUUUUAAACGAUUAUUUGGACCGUCGUCGUCGGGAUCCUCCUAUAUAAACAGCAUAUAUCCACCAGGGUAUGGUUUUUUCUUGCGCUAUCCAUUCAUUCCCGCUGAGAAAACCCUAGAGCACUCGGAGAAGAGUUCGCCAUGGGGAGAACUUUGUGAGUCAACCAUGAAUAAAGAUCGUUCCUGUCUAGGUCUUGUACAUCAGCAUUCUGCCGAGAGAUGAUAUAUAAGUUCUAGAUAAUCUCUUGCAGUUUUGAUCGGCCAAGUUAUUGACAAAAAGUCUGUCUGGUCAUUGCACUGGCUAUGAAGAAUGUUUGAUUCAGAUAUUGCUGGGCUAAAAAAUAGACCAGAGACGGAUUUUAUGUGUUCGUUGGAGUUUCAUGCUACUUUAAUAUCAUAACAUUUCUGAGAUAAAGAGUUUCUUAUUUUGCGAGAGAGGAAAUUAUAUUUAUUGUUUUGUUGACUUGUAUAUGAGCGACAAUGGCCUUGAGGUUCAGAAAUGUCCUGUUAUUUUCAGUUGUUUUUCUUGUGAUGUACACUUGCAUCGUAGCAGAGCCUGAAAUGGAACACAAAGGAAGAAUAAGGACUGCCCCUAAUAGGAAUAUGGGUGGUACUGAUAUAGAUGGAACUGGUACAGAGAAUGUCUUUGGGGGUUCAGAGCAUGGUUCUAGUCAGUUGGAUGAGGGGAAAGGUGGGAAUGGUAAAGUUCCAGUCCUCACAGUUGCAUGGAUGACUCUGGUGAUGGCUGCUGCUACUGGGCUAGGUGCAGUGCCGUUCUUCUUCGUGGAGCUUGAUCCACAAUGGGCUGGAAUAUGCAACGGAAUGGCUGCUGGGGUGAUGUUAGCUGCAAGCUUUGACCUUGUGCAGGAAGGGCAGCUCCAUGGUAGUGGUAAUUGGGUUGUGGUUGGGAUUCUUUCAGGUGGCAUAUUCAUUUGGCUUUGUAAGAAGUUUCUUGAACAAUAUGGGGAAGUAAGCAUGUUGGACAUAAAAGGCGCAGAUGCCAGUAAAGUCAUUCUUGUUAUCGGUAUAAUGACGCUUCAUUCUUUUGGAGAGGGAUCUGGUGUUGGAGUCUCUUUUGCUGGUUCCAAAGGAUUUUCUCAAGGUCUGUUGGUAACCUUGGCUAUCGCUGUUCACAACAUCCCAGAAGGAUUAGCUGUGAGCAUGGUUCUUGCAUCAAGGGGGGUUUCUCCUCAGAAUGCCAUGUUGUGGAGUGUGAUUACAUCAUUACCCCAGCCCAUUGUUGCUGUUCCCUCCUUCAUAUGUGCUGAUUCAUUCAGCAAGUUCCUGCCUUACUGUACGGGCUUUGCUGCUGGAUGUAUGAUAUGGAUGGUUAUAGCAGAGGUCCUCCCUGAUGGGUUCAAGGAAGCUUCUCCUUCCCAAGUUGCUUCAGCAGCUACCCUUUCUGUUGCAUUUAUGGAAGCCCUUGGCGCCGUACUCGAGAAUUUUAGCCAUGGCUACAGCUCGGAGGAUGCUUCUGGCUUCUUUGUUUCACUACUUUUUGGUCUUGGGCCGUUGCUUGGUGGUGUCAUUCUUAUUGCUUUUGCUCUUGCCUUGAGUCUACAGCACGCUUUCCUCAUGGGUGUGGCUUCUGGAAUUGCCUUUGUACUUGCUUCCUGGAGACCACUACAGCUACUUCUCUCUUUGAAAAUGGGUUUCCUUCCCUUAUUGUUGCUGCUUGUGAUGGGUUCUUCAUUCUUCCACAUAUCAACUUCCAGCGUGUUGAAGAUUGCAAGCCGCAAAAAGACUUCAGUGAACAACUUGUCAGCUGCAUCAGGGUUCUCUAUAAGUGCCCUGACCCUACAAUCAUUCUUGGCAUGUGGGGCUGUUGCCUUGCAUGCUUUGACUGAGGGGCUUGCACUUGGAGUUGCUGCACCAAAAGCCUAUGGGCUUGGCCGGCACAUGGUCCUUCCAGUGUCUCUGCAUGGGCUACCUCGGGGUGCUGCCGUUGCUAGCUGCAUCUUUGGGGCUACUGAUAGCUGGCGAGCCGCUUUAGCAGCGGCUGCCCUGACUGGCUUUGCAGGGCCAGUGUCUGCAAUUGGAGCAAUACUUGCAGGUAUUGACUACAGUGGGCUUGAUUAUUGGAUGGUCUUUGCAUGUGGAGUAUUACUCCCAAGUUUUGUAAGCAUUUUGCGGCGUGCAUUUAGGUUAGAUUGUCGAAAGAGCAGUUAUGGGCUAAUGAUGGGAUUGGGUCUUGCCAGUUUGUGUUUAACAUUCACUCGGUUGGUUUGCAUACAUACCCAUUACUGCAACUCUGCCCCGGAGGCUGUCAAAUAAAAAGCACUGACCCCCAGGAAACAAAGCAAAAUGGAGGAAGUUGUGAAGUUGGAAAAGAAUAGAAAAUGAGAGAAUAGGUUUUACAUUGUAGUAGUUGUCUUCUUUUUAUUUUUUUUCUUCUUCCCUGUCAAUGUAUAGAUCCAAUUGAAUUGGAAUAUGGUUACUGGAGGAAAAAGAAAUGUGAGCACUGAUGCAAUUAAUUGGAGUGUAAAGAGGGAUUUGUAUUUGCUAAGCUCACAUUGUGUGGGUGGCUCACUGCCUUUUUUCUUGAAGAUUUGAGUUCAUAAAGAAUUGCAAGAAUUUCAUUAAAUUCCAUCA